AUGAACUACCUCAUAACCGGCGCGGGUAGAGGCAUCGGCAGAGGGCUGACUCGAAAUCUUCUCACGCGGCCUGGAAACCGAGUCUUUCUCUUGGACAGUAACGAGAGUGAGCUACAAAACACUCUUUCGCUCGCAUCAACAUGGACACAGUCAUCAGACACCGACAAAAGCUCUUUUCGAGGCAAAGUUGUUGACUUGAGAAACCGCGACGAGAUCAAGACCCUCGUGGGUGAGGUGGACGAAUUCUUCGGAGGUCGCUUGCAUGCCCUCUUGAACAAUGCUUUCGCUACUCCCCAUACGUGGAAAGACGAUAAGGGCAUGGAAGAUGACCUCUCAUCUGAUGAAAUUAUGGAUCAAUGGGAUGUCAAGAUUGCUGUUGGUCUGACCGCACCAUUCCUUCUCUCAAGACUCUGCGUACCCAUGCUCAAACGCCAGGACGGAGAGCAGAGUGCCGGGUGCAUCAUCAACAUCUCCUCCACCCGAGCGAAACAGGCGGAAGACAAUCACGAAGCCUAUAGCGCGGCAAAAGGCGGACUUCUUGGUCUUACGCAGAGCAUGUCGCAAAGUCUAGGGCAUAGGCACAACAUCCGCGUCAAUGUUAUCAUUCCUGGCUGGAUCAACGUGGAGAACGAGAACAAGGCAGCAGAUGAAGCAUCGACAAAGUGGGAAGAUGGUAUGACGGAGCAAGAUCACUCUUAUCACCCUGCUGGUCGAGUCGGAAAGGUCGAAGACAUUUACAAAGCGGUCAAGUUCCUUGUCGAGUCAGACUUCGUCACUGGUGAAGAAAUUGUCGUCGAUGGUGGUGUAACGAGGAAAAUGUAUUAUCCAGAAUAA